GAUUAAUAUGGAUGAUUUCUCAACUGACGAUAUAAACAAGCUGAUGAUUUUUCUCAACCACUUCUUGCAACCAAAUUAAUAAUUAUUAUAAUGAGUUUCAUACCAAUAAUUCUUAUUUUAAUCUUUCAGGCCGAAACUACACGAUGAUACCGACAGCCAAAGGCAACCAUUUGCUGAUGAUGAACGGGUACACAUUCCGCAAAGACAGCAAAACUCUGAAUUACUAUUGCUCGAAGAUCCUGUCAGGGUGCAAGGCUCGACUGAAGCUGUCGGUAGACGGGGAAGUUAGAGAAGCAAACUGCAAUCACACGCACGAACCCCCGAAAUACUACAGGACACCCACCGGACAAUAUAUUAAAAUGCAGAAACUACACGAUGAUACCGACAGCCAAAGGCAACCAUUUGCUGAUGAUGAACGGGUACACAUUUCACAAAUACAAGAAAAGUCUGAAUUACCAUUGCUCGAAGGUCCUGUCGGGGUGUAAGGCUCGGCUGAAGCUGUCGGUAGAUGGAGAAAUCAUCGAAGCGAACUGCAGUCACACGCACGAACCCCCAAAAUACUAUAUAACUCCUACCGGACAAUAUAUUAAAAUGCCGAAACUACACGAUGAUACCGACAGCCAGAGGCAACCAUUUGCUGAUGAUGAACGGGUUUACAUUUCAUAAAGACAGAAAAACUCUGAAUUACUAUUGCUCGAAGAUCAUGUCAGGGUGCAAGGCCCGAGUGAAGCUGUCGGUAGACGGGGAAGUUAGAGAAGCCAACUGCAAUCACACGCACGAACCCCCGAAAUACUACAGGACACCUAAGGGACAAUAUAUUAAAAUGUCAUUCGUACAUAAUGAUACCGUCUCAGUCACGCAGAGGGACUUUGCUGAUGAUGAAGGGGUUUACUUUCCGCAAAGACAACAAAAGCUGGAACUAUUACUGCUCGAGGAGAGUUCAAGGAUGCAAGGCUCGGGUGAAGUUGUCUGCAGAAGGCGCUGUGAAGGAAGCUCUCUGUGAUCACAAUCAUGAACCGCCGAGAUACUAUAUUACACCUUCAGGACGUUAUGUUAAAGUGUAGAAUAGAAUAGCACGAGACUCUCGUUCCCACCGCUGCAACUCCUGUGUAGCCAGGAUCUACAAAAUAAAAUAUCAGUAAAUCUGCUUUGUGUAGGUGUUUGAAAUACUUUUUUUAGUGUUAUUUGGAACAAUGUAAGUUAUUAACUUAACUGAAUCCAAGAAAAUAUUUAUUGUCUUACACAAAUUAGAAAUUAAUGUAAUGUAUAAUAUAAGAUUUCAGUCUGCUUGUGACCACCGAAACGUCAAGCCGUGAGUACAUAAUGUAACUCAAUAAUAAACUUCGCGUUAAGACCCGUGUCUUACUAUUUUUAAUGUAAUGUAUUUUAGAAAAAUAAGAAAUGAUUGAAUAUGAAAAACAUUGAAGUAAAACUGAAAUGAGUUUUGUAGUUAUAUUCGAUGUAAAUUUAUUUAAUUAACAACAAUCACAUCUCUAAUAUUACAGGUUACCCCAAUGCGAUCGAGUAGAUUAAUAAUUGUUAAAUAAAGUUAUGCAUGCCUAAAAUAUUGAGAAAAUAAACAUUAAUUAAAAAUGUACAUCUAAUUGUUUUUUUAAAGUUGAACAACUUUCAGGUGAAUCAUAUACAAUGAUACCGACACCUAGAGGAAACCUGUUGAUGUUUAAUCAGUUUACGUUCUGGAAACACAACAAAUCCUGGAACUAUUAUUGUUCAAAGAAAAAAGCAACGAAGUGCAAUGCCCGGGUGAAAUUGACAGAGCAGGGGGUUGUGUACGCGGCAUAUCCCGAUCACAACCAUGACCCACCGAGAUACUACGUAACACCCUCUGGAGAAUAUAUAAAGAUGUAAAAUUAAUCUAAGUUAAAAUGUUAGUUUAACAACAACAUCAAAGUUGAAAGUAGCAACCCUAGUUAUUAGUUUCAGCAAAUAAUAGAUAGACUCACAGCAACAGUAUUAGGAUACAGGCUGGAUGCGCUGUUUGGA